GGGAAUCCCAGCCAACCAUAAUGUUUUGAAAAAUGGUGAUUACCCUUUUCCGGGAAAACCGUAGAAAACUUUGAUAUUUGUGAUGCUAUUUGAGAGGCAGGUUGAUUCAUGUGCUCCAUUAAAGACGUCAUAAUAGUUUCUGAGAUACACAUCAAGUGAUUUGAGUUGUAUGUGUUUUGCUCUUGGUGAAUUAAACUACGUGUACACGUUUAGUAUAUUUUGCUUGCAUCAAGUGUCGUGAGUUAAAUCAAAAAAGAUGAGCAUGAUGAGUCGAGGGAUGCAAAUGGAUGCUGAGGAUGAAGGUGGUGCGGAUUUCAGAGCAGACUUGCUGUCGAUCGAUGAUGACCUACAUGUGGACGAUAUCAACACACUCAAGUUCCUCAUUCAGGAUUUGGCUCCGAGCAAAAAACUGGAAACCAUAAACACUGGUCACGAAUUGUUCGAUUACCUAGAAAGGAGUGGUCGACUGAGUGAACAGAACAAAUGGGUUUUGGCUGAGAUGUUGAAAAGAAUACUGAGACUUGAUCUUCUUGACAUGUUAAAAGUCGACGAGAAAGACCUCGAUGAGCAUCUGGCAAAUUCUGGUUCUCAUUUUUCUCUCUACAGACUUUUACUUCUGAGACUGGCCGAUGACAUUGGCGUUGAUGACCUUCACAAAUUGCUGUUCUGCUCGACCGAUAUUCCCAGAUCCAAGAGAGAGAAAAUAGCGACAGCGAUGGACCUUUUUACUUUUUUGGAACAAUCAAAGAAGCUGAGUCCUGAUAAUGUCGAUCUGUUGGAGGACAGUCUGCAUCACAUAGGCAGGUGCGACCUUUCACAGGUCGUCACCGAUUACAAAGGAACUAAUUAUUCCAAUAACUUCCCAACUGGAGCUCCCGGGAAUUAUGUUGGUGGCACAAAACCGGCAUACCAAAGUGCUAAGUUUAAUCCUCCUGCAAGCCAAGCCCCUGUGACAGGACUGUCGAACAAACCUGGUCCUCCUGCUAGACCAGCCCCUGUGACAGGACUACAAGUGGAGUUUUCCAAACCACCAGCACUUUCCCACACAGGUCAAGCUGUGCUCGAUCCAGGGUCAAGGUUACAGCCGUAUCACGAGCAGAUGCCAGAACAAGUUAUUCCAGACCCGAUAAUUCAGGAUAUUGCCAUGCACAUGUCGAACCAACAGUUUACUGCCCUUGGCUUUGAGUUGGGCUUUAACUUGGCGAAACUUCAGAGCCUUAGCCGGCGUUUUGCAAGACCGACCGAGAGGAAUUUCAGCAUGAUCAAGGAGUGGUUGCUAGACAACCAGCUGGGUAGAAACCCGACCGUUGUGAGGCUUGCGGAAGCCAUGAGGAGCGUCGAGAUGACAAUUGUGGCAGAUCGUUUGGAAGAGAUGUUUGGCCUGUCUCAGCCAGGUCUUGACAUCAGUAUGCGUCAGAAUCGAUUAAAUACGGAACAGACUUCGCAGGCCUCUGCAAGACAAGAUGCUCAAGUUGUUCAGAUGGCUCAGCAGUUGGACAGAAUCGAUGUCGAUCCCGAACCCGUCCCAUAUUACAAGAUGGAUGCCGUGCCUAGAGGAAUAUGUUUAAUAAUUAACAACAGAGAUUUUUAUCAGGAUCCAAAUGACUCGCAUUCAAAGGCGAUGCCUUCAAGGGAGGGAACUGAUGUUGAUGCAAAAAAACUACAAGACACAUUUCAGAGACUGCAGUUCAUCGUGAAAUGUUACACGGACCUGACUGAUACAGAUAUGGCUCGUCUCGCAUCUCAAGUCGCUCUGGAAGACCAUUCAGAAUUCGACUGUUUCGUAUGUUGUAUUUUAUCUCACGGAGCAGAAGGAAAGCUCUAUGGCAGUAAUGGUCGACUGCUCAGCAUCACAGACCUCACGGGUCCGUUCAAAUCACAGACGUGUCCAUCCCUGGCAGGAAAACCAAAGCUGUUUUUCAUUCAGGCUUGUCAAGGGAGAGAGAAGCAACAUGGUCAAGAAAUACAGACAGACAGUGCAUACGAACUUGUCGACGUAGAUGCACCACCACCGACGGAAGUAAUUCCAAACGAAGCUGAUUUUCUGUUCGGAUACGCCACGGUGAUAGGGUUUGUGUCGUACAGAUCAAAGACGCACGGAUCCUGGUACAUCUCCAAGCUGACAGAGAUGCUGAACAAAUAUGCUAAGAAGGAAGACAUUUUGAGUCUGCUGCUGUUGGUGAAUAACGAAGUGGGUAAGGCCAAUGCAGUGAUGGACGGUGGCCGGUACAAACAGUCGCCAGCACCGCUCUACACGCUGCGGAAAAAGUUGAUUUUCAGAUGAAAGGGGACAUCUGUGGUUUGCUAGAAUAUACACAUUUCACAGCAUUGCUACUAGCAUUAUGAAAUGUGGAAUGGACGUAUUUUGGAACGUAUGAAGAUAGUAUUAUUAUAUUAUCUAGAGAUGCGUGAAAAUUAUAGUUAAGUGGUACUAAACAUCACAAGUUUUUAACAAUGAAAGAAAUAUUUGUUUAAAAACAUCUCGGCACAUAACUAUGGCUAUUUGGUGUCUAACAUAUGGUUAUUUUGACACUUGUUCGAGAGUGAGAGAGGAAAGGAAAGGAAUGUUGGUUUAACG